AUGACAUUGAUGCUAUUAGAAGACGGAAUCUGCGAUGAAUCUUGUGGUUGGAUCGCUGCUGCGAUUGCUGCGCUUGCCUAUGGAACCUAUGGAGUUCCCAUUCGAGCUACCAAAUCGAUUGACGUGCACCCCUUGGUGAUGCAAUCGUACAAGACUCUUAUCAUAUUUGUACUAGGGUGGAGUGUUAUGUUGCUAGGUGUGGAGGUCAAAUUUACAUCCUGGGGUCUAUUGAGUGGGUUGCUGUGGGUUUUGGGAGGUACCGGUGGAAUUUACGGCAUUCGAAAAGCAGGGUUGGCCAUUGCAGUAGGAACUUGGGCAUCAAUCAUGAUCUUGGUCAAUUUCCUAUUUGGUAUCAUUAUUUUCAAAGAACCCGUCCAUGAUUUGGGUGGAACCUUGGCCAGUUUUUGCUUGUUGGCCCUUGGAUUGGUGGGCAUGAGUCGGUACAGUGCACCUCCUCCAACGUCUACCGGUGUCAACGACCUGACCCUAAAGGAAGAAGACGCAGAAUUGGAGGCCCAACCCAUGAAUGCAUCCACAACCAGAUUGAGUGGUAGUAAUACCAAACCUAGAAAAAUCACGGCACCAGAUGACCCCAACGCACCCAACGCCACCAUCUGUGGAAUUACAUUGACCAAGCGUCAAUGUGGAAUUGCCGGUGCCGUCAUCAAUGGAGUCUUUACAGGAUGUUCCUUGGUUCCACUUCACUAUGCCAAGGAAGAAGGAUUUGGUGGAGAACUAUACAUUAUCAGCAUUGCCUGUGGCGCUAUGAUUUCCAACAUUAUCAUUUGGGCUCUAUUUUUGGUGGUGCGAUCAAUACAAGCUGGCUCCGUCGUUGCGGCUGCCCAGUCUAUGCCCGAAUGGCAUUUUGCUGCUCUUUGGAAACCAGGAACCUUGGCUGGAGUCUUUUUGUCCAUUGCCAUGUUUGGCAGUAUCAUCUCCGUCACUUACCUAGGGCAAGGAGUUGGCAACAGUUUGGUUCAAGCCAAGAUCCUUGUCAGCGGUUUGUGGGGAAUUUUGGUAUUCAAAGAAAUCAGUGGAGUCGAGCGAGUCUCCAAGUGGUUCCUUUCGGCGUUCAUUACCAUUGGUGCUAUUGUUUGGCUCAGUAUGGAACGAUUGCGAUCCACCGAUGGGGCCGAUGCUUCCCACUACAGCUAA